AUGAACUCCCAACGUCUAUCCUCUGCAUUUCUCACUUCCUAUAAAUCUCCCCACACUUUCAUUAAAUUUAUCAAACACUUCCCAUACUUCACAAAUCAACACUUCACUUUCCUUGGUCACUCCACUUCAACAAUGGUUAACCCUAAUGGCACAAUCAUCUUUUCCACCGUAGGCAGAACCGAAUACGGAUUCGACAUUUUCUCCGUAAACCUAUCGGGUUUUCUCCACAAGUCUCCCGCUACAUUGCCCCAAGAGCAACGUCUCACUGAUGGAAUAUCGAUCAAUUUCAAUGCGCAAUUUCUCGAUGACAAAAAAAAUAAUCAAUCAAUUGUUUACAUCUCCGAAAGAAACGGAUCAGCUCAGGUUUAUUUAACCGAACCAGGACUCACCAGGCCAAGUCUUCUUCACUCGGUGCCCGAAAGCAAAUUUAACGACCGGCCGAUCAUCAAAGACGAUCAGUUAUACUAUAUUUCAGCUCACGAGGAGCCAGACCAGCUUUUUAAGAGCUGGUCUGCGCUGUAUACUUCCCGAAUAAACGGCGAAAAAGGAAAGCCUACUCGAUUAACACCGAAAAAUGAAGUUGAUUACAGUCCUGCGAUUUCAGAGUCAGGAGAGUGUUUCGCUGUUGCAUCCUACGGGUCUCGGCCCUGGUCAGGCGAAUUUCACGAUCUCGAAACGAAUAUUAUCGUUUUUCGAAGAUCUAAUCCUGAGGAGCGCUUUGUGGUGUGCCACCAUGGCGGCUGGCCCACCUGGUCAGGUGACUCCACUCUUUACUUUCACCGUCAAGCUGAUGACGGUUGGUGGAGUAUUUUUCGGCUAGUUUUGUCGAAUAAUUUCGACGAAACUGCCGAAUUAUGCGCUCCUCAGCGAAUUACUCCACCAGGUGUACAUUGUUUUACACCUGCUGCAAUGCACAAUAAAAAUCAAAUUAUUGUUGCAACGCGGAGGCCUGAUAAUAAGUAUCGUCAUAUUGAAGUUUUCGAUGUUGAAUUGAAGACUUUUAUUCCUGUCACUAUGUUGUUAAACGCUGAUAUGCAUCAUUACAGUCCGUUUGUGUCCUCGGACUCUACUUCUCUCGGUUAUCACAGAUUUCGAGGUGAAUCUUGCAGCGGAGAAUCAGUGAUUCCGUACUUGGAACGAAUAUCGUCUCCAAUUAACACCUUGAGGAUGCUGCGAAUUAAUGGAUUUUUUCCUACUUUUUCGCCUGAUGGUGAUUUUGUCGCGUAUAAUCAAGGUUUAGGCCCUGAUUCGGGCUUAAAAGUUGUAAAAUCGGAUGGCUCUAGGCGAUGGACUUUGUUGAAGAACCGAAUUGCGUUUAACAAUGAUUGGAGUCCAACUGAGAAGAAUGUGAUUUACACUUCGAUUGGACCUAUUUUCGCGACAGUGAAAGCAACAGUUGAAAUUGCACGGAUCACGUUUGAUCCAGAGGAUUUGACAGAUAAGUGUGAAGAAGUUGAAGUAGAUGUUAAAAUUCUUACUAAAGAAGUGACAGGAAAUAAUGCCUUUUCGUCGUGCUCACCAGACGGAAAAUUCAUAGUUUUUAGGUCGGGUCGUUCUGGUUAUAAGAAUUUAUAUGUAAUGGAUGCUGUCAAGGGCGAAUUUGAGGGUGAGAUUCGUCAAUUGACAGAAGGGCCGUGGAUUGACACUAUGCCAAGCUGGUCACCAGAUGGAAAACUAAUUGCAUUUUCAUCUAAUAGGCACAAUCCGAAAGACGAGAGUAAAUUUAGCAUUUAUGUUGUUAGUCCAGAUGGUUCAGAUUUGAGGAGAAUCCACAUUGCAGGAUCUGAUGGAGAUACUGAGAGGAUUAACCAUGUGUGUUUUAGUGCGGAUGGAGAGUGGAUGUUAUUUGCCGCGAAUAUGGCUGGCGUUACAGCAGAGCCGAUUUCAUUGCCUAAUCAGUUUCAGCCUUAUGGCGAUCUUUUUAUAGUGAAGCUUGAUGGAAGUGGAUUGAGGAGGCUGACAUGGAAUGGAUACGAGAACGGGACACCAGCAUGGCAUGGGAGGAAUGACGUGGAUGUUGGGCGUUUGAGUUUGGGUGGUGAUGUGGCUGGAGAUGAGUUGAAGGGUAGAUUUGAUGAGCCUUUGUGGAUCAAGUGUGAUUUCUAGUGUGCAGGGUCUAAAAAUGAGGGUUUCUCUGAACCUCAGAGAAUAAAGUAAUGUAAUAUGUCUUCAUUGUGGUUUUUGUUGUAUGUUGUGACUGUAUGAAUGAAUAAAACUAUCUGCUGUGUACUUGAGUUUA